UUUUGUUUUACAGUAGCACCAUGGCAUAAUAAUGAAUCAAUGCAUUUGAUAAACAAGUGAUGCGCAAGUUGCUGGGUGUCACAUAACAGUAACUAUGUGCUGACUCACUUUAGUUGCCAACGCUGGAACGUAGCCUACUCAGUGUAAAUAUGGAACAUGCCGUGAGACCCUGCCAUUGGGGAAUGAUAAUCUUUAGAAAAGAGUUAUAGGCCUCAAUAUGGAUUGUUCUGAAAAUCAGUAUUAUGACACUGGAGGAUGCCACCCUUGUGUGCAGUGCCCACCAGGACAAGAGCUCACAGAGGAUUGUGGGUACGGCUAUGGAGCGCUGGCACGGUGCCGAUCCUGUGAUGCCCGCUGGUUCAAGGAGGCCUGGGGGUCCCACACGUGCCAGAUGUGCCAGACCUGCCGCCGCGUGAACAGGAGGGAGCUGUCGCCCUGCACGCCGACCAGGAACGCCGCGUGUGGACGAUGCUUGCCAGGGUUUUACAGUAAGCGACGGCUGGAUGGCCAGGAGACUUUGGAGUGCAUGCCGUGUGGCCCUCCCCCAUUCAGAGACCCACUCUGUGGCAGAAGUAGCGGAGUUGAUGUGGAAAAAUUCUUGAGACCACAGGCCACAUCUCAGUCCACCACGGCUGCUGUCACCACCUCCGUUUGUUUGGCGGUCGCUGCCAUGGUGAUCCUGCUGUCUGUCACCUUGUUUAUGUAUCACAAAUAUACUUCGCUCAGGACAUUUUUUAAAGGCUGCCUGAUACCACACUGCAGCAGUAACGACGUUGUGGCCCCCUCUGUUUCCACGGAAACACAGUACCCUCUGACCUCAGAGGAAGAGGAACAAGUCUCAGGAGUGACACCAACACAAACAACAAGAGACAAGGGAUCACCCAGCAGUGAGGAGGACUACAGCUUCCCUGCCACGGCAGCAGUGCCCUGUGACUGGAGGGGGCACCUAUCGUGCCGUCCUCACUCGUCCAUCUGCAGUGACUGCUCCUCCGGCUUCGCCUCCCAGCCGUCAGCCUCGGGAUUCCCCCCGGCGUCGCUGCCCGCGAUGGACCACCUCGCAGUGCCCAUGUUUGCCACAGGGGGGCACCACUGCGCCUCGGAGGAGAGCUCAGGGUGGCCGCAGCAGCGGCAACAACGUCACGCCCCCGUGGAGUGCACCGAGCUGGACAUCCACGAGUCGUUUCCCCCGGGGGACGUGGAGCUCCACAUCGCCAAGGGGCUGGGGUCAGAGCAGGGGCUGCCCGGAGAUUAUGAGCCAUCCCUGGACCUUUAUUCCUCUGUGCCCCUGGACAGCGACCUGGAGCUGCGCGGGUGUUUGGAGACGGGGAGGACCAAUUACUCAGACGAAACAACCAGGUGUCAUUAGGCAUGCCUCUGCCUCUGCCUGACUUCAGUGGCUGGAUUCAGUAUUUCCUGGGGUGCAGCGCUGCCAGCAGUUGGCUCAGUGUUUGGAGGUACCCUCGGAGAUCGCUUGAGGGCCCAGAGGGUCCAAGGACGUCGGGCUAGCGCCGGGCUCGCUGUCCAACCUGCACCACCCUUAGAGACUGAAGUCCACUCAAAGCAUUAAAGAUACAGUAUAAGGGAAAACCAGUAAUGACAUAGAGACAAUUAAACCUAAAGGCAAACACACACACACACACACACACACUCACCUGGCCCUCUUGAAAACAAGUACACAUAUGGGAAGUACAGAACUGAUAACUUGUUGGUCCGACAAACGCUUCAUUGGCAUUUAGAAAAUGUAGAAAAUGUGUAUGUAUUCAACCCAACAACCAUUCCCUUGGGAUCUCCCACUAGAAGUCAGGCUGCUUAACUCCUGUUGGCCCAGUGUUUUCAACACUCAACUACUCGUCACCUGCCUGAAACUUGAAACUUUCACUGUGCCAAAAAGCAUAGAAAGUAAAGCAGUCAAAGGUUUAUCUUGAUAUUUUAUGAGAUAUGCAUUUUUUCCUUUUCUUCUUUGAAUGUUUGUUUAUUUAUUGUAAGAUUACUUGAUUGUGACAAAGAAAACAUAUUUUUUUACUGAGGAGUAUGCACGCAGAUGAUCCAAUGUGACUUUUGAGGCCAGUAUUACAGUAAUGACGUGAGAUGGAUAUAUUUCACAGUUGCAGAUAUUUAAUGGAAUCAAAUGCUGGAUUACAUUAAAACGUUUUUUUUUUUUUUUUUUAAUUUUGAGCUGUUUUCAAAAUGCUGCAAAGGCCCAGCUGUAGUUGUUGUGUGCUUGUGAUGGAAAUAAAUGUCCAUUUUAAA